AUGCAGGCUUACUUACUUUCUCGGCAUUUUAAUACCAAGUUGCUGGACACCUCCACAGCUUGUCCAGCUGUGGACAACUCUACAGCUUGUCCAGAAAAUGCUACUGUUUGCAGUGGCACAUCUUGUGUGUUAUCAGAAGACGAUUUUAACCGCACUUUGAGUGUGGUUUUAAGUACCGUUCUAACAAUCAUGCUGGCUUUGGUGAUGUUCUCCAUGGGUUGCAAUGUGGAAAUUAAGAAAUUCUGGCACCACAUAAAAAGACCCUGGGGUAUUUUUGUGGGUUUCCUCUGUCAGUUUGGAAUUAUGCCUCUCACAGCCUUCUUGCUGUCGCUGGCCUUUAACGUGCUUCCUAUUCAAGCCGUCGUGGUGAUGAUCAUGGGAUGCUGUCCGGGAGGCACAGCCUCUAAUAUCAUCGCCUACUGGGUGGAUGGUGACAUGGACCUAAGCAUCAGCAUGACAACUUGCUCCACACUUCUUGCAAUGGGCAUGAUGCCUCUCUGUCUUUUUGUUUAUACUAAGAUGUGGACUGAUUCUGAUGCAAUUGUACUCCCCUAUGACAGCAUUGGAAUUUCACUGGUGGCUCUUGUAGUUCCUGUUUCUGUUGGAGUAUUUGUUAAUCACAAAUGGCCCAGUAAGGCAAAAAUAAUACUUAAGGUUGGUUCCAUAGUGGGAGCAGUUCUCAUUGUCCUCAUUGCUGUGGUUGGGGGAAUACUCUACAAAGGCUCCUGGAUUAUCUCACCUAAGUUAUGGAUCAUUGGUACCAUAUUUCCAGCAGCUGGCUAUUCUUUGGGAUUCUUUCUGGCUCGUCUUGCUGGUCUAUCUUGGAGCAGAUGUCGUACGGUGUCUCUGGAAACAGGCAUGCAAAACACUCAGCUAUGUUCAACAAUAGUACAGCUCUCCUUCAGCCCUGAACAACUUGAAUUGAUGUUUACUUUCCCACUCAUCUACAGCAUUUUCCAGCUGUUGUUUGCACUAAUGAUUUUAGCAGGCUACCGUGUUUACAUAAGGCGCUGUGUCAAAACUAAUACAGACGUCGAGAAAACAGAAGAAAAAGAUGAUUCAAAAUCAAUUUCGUCACAAGCGAAAGCAAAUGGAGGAUUUGUAUCAAAUGAGACAAAAUAG